UGACUAAUACACGCGUGUGUGUGUGUGUGCGCUUUACCAACCCUCUCUCAUAUAUGUUCCUCCUCUCUUUACAGAGUUUUGGAUGUUGGCACUAUAGACAGAGAGAAGAGACGUAACAGAGGCAAUGGCAGCUGCAACGGCAAGUGGCGGCAACACGAGUUUCUCCAACUCUCCUCUCUUCCAAACCUCUGAUUCUAACAAGAUCCUUGUCUCUGAGAAAAAGAGCUGGAAAAACUUCUUCUCAUACUUAGGCCCUGGUUUUCUUGUUUCCAUUGCUUAUAUUGAUCCUGGAAACUUUGAGACUGAUCUGCAAUCAGGAGCUCAAUACAAGUAUCAGUUACUCUGGAUCAUAUUGGUGGCGUCGUGUGCAGCGUUGGUGAUUCAGUCCCUCGCUGCAAAUCUUGGUGUUGUUACAGGGAAGCAUCUGGCAGAGCAUUGUAGAGCUGAGUACUCUAAAGUUCCAAACUUUAUGUUAUGGGUAGUAGCCGAAAUCGCUGUAAUCGCUUGUGACAUUCCAGAAGUAAUUGGAACAGCAUUUGCUUUAAACAUGCUUUUCAAUAUCCCGGUUUGGAUUGGUGUUCUUCUCACAGGGUUUAGUACAUUGAUUCUUCUAGCACUUCAAAAAUAUGGGAUUAGGAAGCUCGAGUUCUUGAUAGCGUUUCUUGUGCUAACUAUUGCUCUGUGCUUCCUUGUUGAGCUUCACUACUCAAAGCCAGACCCAAAAGAAGUUCUCUAUGGUCUCUUUGUUCCUCAGUUAAAGGGAAAUGGUGCAACUGGAUUAGCAAUCUCUCUCCUCGGCGCCAUGGUUAUGCCGCACAACCUCUUUCUCCACUCAGCUUUAGUUCUCUCUAGAAAGAUUCCUCGUUCAGUAACUGGCAUCAAGUUGGCUUGUCGCUAUUACUUGAUAGAGAGCGGAUUGAUUGUAGCUCUCAUAGGUGGCUCAGCUGGAGCUGGAAAGUUAAUUAUCAUUGCCUCGAUGAUCUUAUCCUUUGAGCUCCCAUUUGCUUUAGUUCCACUUCUUAAAUUCACAUGCAGCAAAACCAAAAUGGGCUCACACGCCAAUUCACUUCUGAUUUCAUCUGUGACGUGGGUCAUUGGUGGACUUAUUAUGGGUAUCAACAUAUAUUAUCUAGUAAGCAGCUUUAUCAAGCUGAUUCUCCAUGGUCACAUGAAGCUUGUAGCCAUCGUCUUCUUAGGAAUUAUUGGAUUCUCAGCCAUUGCCAUUUACUUAGCUGCCAUUGGUUACCUUGUCCUCCGUAAAAACAUAGAGUCCUCCACACUAGCCUCUAAUAACUCUCAGACCGCGGAUACACUUCCUAGAGAAGACAUUGUGAAUAUGCAUACCUAAUGGAGUAGCGG